CAAUAGGAAUAAUCUUUACCUUCGCAACCGGUGAACGGCAGGGGGUCGCCAGAUCACCCAAACUACAGGACAACCUGACUGGAGGGGAUCCAACCAGCUGCUGACUUCUUAACAAUGGCGCUCAGAAAGCUACUAGACACGAGAAUGGAAAAUCAGUAUUUCAGGCCACCCCCAAUUAAGAUUAACAUCAUCGAAAUCAUGGAUUCUCCCAAAGUAAUCUCUUGGGACUUGUUACAAAGAACAACAAGGUGGCUGUGAUCACUGAUGGCGCCACAUGCGAAAAGAUGACUAUCUUUGAGGAAUUCGGCAAUAGAAUUAAAACUGGAAAUACUUAUUUCAUGAGAGGCCACACUCUCAGGGGACGCCAGCCCCCGUAUUAUCUAAAUAUUACUAAAACUACAAUGUUCUUCAAAACGUGUGACAUGAAUGUCACAGAGGAGUUACGCCAAGAGGCAAGAGCCCUGCUACUGCCCCGGUCGUAUGCCACUCCCUUGAGUGAGUGUUCCUCCCUGCAAGGCCUAUUGACAGUCGAGGGCCAAGUGAUCGAGGCACCACCUGUGAAAAAGGUUGUCUCAGGCAAGGACUCUAUUCCAUUAAGGAAAAUCACAAUCCAGCAGGGCUGUGAUAAGCAGGAAGUGUGCUUGUGGAGGGAGGCAGCGAUCAAACUCAUGAACACUGGCGACCAUAUCACAAUAACACACCUCAAGGUCCAACAGGAUGUUCUCCACUCCACAGUGCACACGACCUUCAAGAAGCCAGAGACGACCACAAAGGAAGUGACCAUUCUGGGGGUUAUUGAGGAGGGUGAUGAGGAGUUCCUCCAACUUCUCACGGGUGAUGACUGCAUCUGCCAAAUAAACAGGGAUGACUGGAAACCAGUGUCCCACCUAAUAAAAAAGGGGGCAAUUCAUGCAAAUGCAACAAUGGAGGGAACCAUUGUCACCAAACUAGAAAUUAUCCAGAAAGAAGAGUAGGGGAAAAAAUGGGGUUUCAAUCAGUUUCAAAGUGUUCUGUUCUAGUUUAAGUUUAAUUUUCUUCCAAUCAAAGGGUUUCAAAAUAGGAAUUAAACAAGGAUUAUAAUCAGUUCUAAUCAGUUCUGAUCAGUUUUAAAAAUGUUCUGUUUUCUCACUUGUUUUUGCCCCGAAUCUUUGUGUUCAAUUUAAAUGUAUUUUAAUGUAUGUUAAAUGUAUUAUUAAAGUGGAAAAAAUGGACGUGCUUGGUGUCACAAUACAUUGAGAGUUUCUGAAGACACGCAAGGCGCAUUGAUGGAGAGUCUAGUAGCGAUGGUCAAAUGUCAUGCCGACAUUUUGUGGGAAAUUAAGUCAGUGGUACAUCAGUAAAAAGGACGACUGUUGUUAUAAGUGCAUUCUGCAUUCUUCUCACAAAACUUGGCAUCCCUGUGCGGGCUACUAUUUACUGUAUAAAAAACACUGGCGGAGCCUGUCGGACUUGAAUGUUUCCGGGAUGGAGCUGUCACUCGGAGACGCGCAUAACUGCGAUACUGCAGCAGAGGACAGACAGCAGCAGUGGUGGACAAUACUCGCUCAGUUUGGCACAGCCGGCACAUGAAUGAAUGAAUGAAUGAAUGGAUAGAUAGAUUUUUUGUUUGUAAAUACAGAUUGGAAGUAUGGCAAUAAUAAAUAAUAAAUAGUCCAUGUGUCAGACCUGAUAUCACAAAUCUUGUGCGGGCUACUAUUUACUGUAUAAAAACACCUGCGGAGCCUGCCGGACUUGAACGUGUCCGGGAUGGAGGUGUCUCUCGGACACGCGCAUAACUGCGAUACGCGAUGAGAUGGUGGAGAAUACUCGCUCAGUUUGGCACAGCCGCCGAAUGAAUGAAUGAAUGAAUGAAUGAAUGAAUGAAUGAAUGAAUGAAUGAAUGAAUGAAUGAAGGAAUGAAUGAAUGAAUGAAUGAAUGAAUGAAUGAAUGAAGGAAGGAAGGAAGGAAGGAAGGAAGGAAGGAAUGAAAGAAUAGAUAGAUAGAUAGUCUUCCAGCUCAUGUGGCAGGUGCUUUUUGAGUGGCGCGUGGCCUUCGUUUACGCAGCGCACUCGGUGCCGCUCCUUCGAGCGGUUUUCGUAUAGAAUGAAUGAAUGAAUGAAUGAAUGAAUGAAUGAAUGAAUGAAUGGAUAGACAGAUAGAUAGAUAGAUAGACCGGGUUGAUCCAGCAGGAGUUGUUGAGAUGAUGACAUGUACGUCCUCUCUGCUGCAGCAGUCACACCCACAGACACACACUAGGAAGAAGCAGGUGAGGGAGAAAGGGGGUGUGAAAUAGACAGAGGGACAAAACAGUAAUUUGCCGUGGCAACCAACCUGUCUGCCACGGCAAAUCAUUUCAUUCAAGCAAAGAAAAUAUGUGCAAUUUGUUGUUCUGUUUGGGAAAAUGAGAAUUCUGACCUCGUCAUAUGUUUAGGCCAUCGCUCAACAGUAUGAAGUGUUAUAAGAGGAUUCUGUGAUCUCACUUACGUCUGUCUGUAAGUGGCGCCUCGGGAUUGUUGUGGUCUGACAUGUGGCAAACCCGGGAUCAGAGUCGACAUUGCCAUUUUGUCAUGCUUGGCGAUUAUCUGAUUUUUUUUUUUUUUUAAGACAGUGUUUGUAAAUAUAGAUUGGAAGUAUGGCAAUAAUAAAUAAUAAAUAGUCCAUGUGUCAGACCUGAUAUCACAAAUCUUUGCAUCCCUGUGCGGGCUACUAUUUACUGUGUAAAAAAACCUGCAGAGCCUGCCGGACGUGAACGCGUCCGGGACGGAGAUGUCACUCGGAUACGCGCAUAACUGCGCUACUGCAGCAGAGGACAGACAGCAGCAGUGGUGGAGAAUACUCGCUCAGUUUGGCACAGCUGCGACACAGUGAAUUGGAGGCCUCCAAAUAUCCCACUGGGUACCACCUUAGUUUAUGCAGCGCACUCAGUGCCGCUCCUUCGAGCCAUGUAUGAACUCUGGCCGUGUGCGUGAUCAAGGCCAUUCAAGAAUGAGAAGAAUUUUAUUUCGGUUUUCGUAUAGAAUGAAUGAAUAGAUAGAUAGAUAGAUCAGCUUAAAAUGGCUGCACACAUGCUGGAGCAGGAGCAGAGCCAAAGAUGUAAUGUCCCAAUACGAAUGAAUGAGAAAAUGCCUGCCAAACCCCUGCAAUCUUUGAAAAGACUGUAAUGUUUAUUGCCAAAAUAUUUAUAUGAUGAGUAAUAGGAGACAUUGCUGAACACAGUGAUGUUGUUUAUAUUUCUGUAAAGA